AUGGACGACACACUACCUCUAUCCAAUAAGCCCCGCAGAUCCAGUAUACGGGAUUUCCUAAAUGAAGAUAUCCGCGAGGACCUCCUCCUCGAAUGCGAACUCCUACUCCUCUCUUUCGCAACAGGCAUCCAAGACGCAGCCGCCUGGCCCGACUACAGCUGCUUCGCCUCGAACCAAACAGGAAAUACACUCUUCCUCGCAAUCGGAGUAGCAGGCUUGACCAACAAUGCAUACAGUUUCCCCAAUAUCGGGAUAUCGCUGAGUCUCUUCGUGGCAGGCGGUUUCACCAUGGGUCAACUAGGGAAUUAUAUUGGCGUUCGACGACGACUAUGGCUCCUCAUCAGUAACUUCAUUCAGACGGCUCUUAUCUUCACGGCUGUUGCUAUCCAGUAUUCUUUCCCUAUUCGGAGAGACGGCCCUGCUGCCUUGGCAGUUAUUGCUUGUUUGGCGUUCGCGUCUGGUGGGCAGGUUGCUAUGAGUCGGUCGUUGAAGAUCACGGAGAUAACUACUGCUAUGGCAACAGCUGCGUUCAUUGAUGUGGUUGUUGACCCUUGCUUAGGCAAGUUAAAGAAUCGGCUGAGGAAUCGGAGGGUUAUGUUUCUGAUUAUGUUGACUGCUGGGUGUUUUGUUGGUGCUUUUGCGCAGCGGGAGAUUAGUUCGACUUUUCCUAUUCUACUUUGUGCUAUUGGAAAGGCAUUGGUUAGCUUGGCUUUCUUGUUUAAUCGGCCUAUGGCUGUGAGGGACUUGGAGGGGUUGAAGGAGUAG